AUGACUUCUAAAACUUUAGAGGGUAAUAAUUCUCUUGUAUGCAUUCAUUAUCCGGGUGUUGUUAAAAACAUUUCUAACGUAUUAGAAACAUUAGGUGGAAUUAGAACAAUCUCGUCGACAUAUUCAGAAAAAAAUAGACGUUUAGAACUUCGAUGGAGACCACAGGAUUCUUUUUGCAAACCAACCUACGGUUCAAGGAAGUCUGUUGUAGCUAUAGUUUUAAAAAUUAAAUAUAAAAAAAAAAAAAAUAAUGAAGGAAGAGUUUUAUCAUAUCAAUCAAUUGGCUGUGUAACAGAGGAGUACAAAUUUUCUAAUCUUUGUGAUUUUCAAUUUUUACCAACUUCCAAAGAUGAAUGCAUUUAUGAUAAAAUAGUACCUUCAGGAUUAGAUUUAAAUUGGUUAAAUUCAGAUGCUCCUUAUUUUUUGCCCCCUCCAACAUUUUCAAGAUUUGAUACAGUGCAAAGUUUUAAUUUCAGCAAAAAUUUAGGGGAAGAUGAUAAAUCAAAUGUAAUUGGUCGGCUAACUCGUAAAAGAUAUGGUUGUACUAAAUGUCUUACUUUUGAUAAUCCUGAAGUUCCUGAAUUUCCUAAAAAUAUACCAGCUGGGGGCAUAUGUUCAGCUAGAAUUGUUAGCAGUGAAACCUUGCAACUUUUAAAACAAUUAUUUCAAGAGAGACCUAUUUAUUCAAAGAGUGCAAUUAGAAGUAUCAGCAAAGUACCAUUAAUUCAACUAAAGUGUCUUCUUCCUUGUGUAGCUUAUUACUUUAUUAAUGGUCCUUGGAGAUCUCUUUGGGUCAGGUUUGGAUAUGAUCCACGAAAAGAUCCCAAGUCAAGAAUAUACCAAACUUUAGAUUAUAGAGUAAGAAGUCAUUUAAGCAAAGAUGAAGUUAAAAAUAAAAGAAAUAAUAUAGGAGCAUCAGUAUCGUACAAAUUUUCAAAUCAAGCGGGAAAAAAUAUUUCUGUUAUAUCUAGAAAUCCAACAGAAGUUAAUUUCAAAGAAAAACAAUCAGAUCAAAUGGAUCAUAUUUUCAGGCCAGAAAUGGUACCUCCUUCUAGACAAUGUUAUUAUCAGUAUUGUGAUAUUCAUGUUCCUGAAGUUCAAGCUAUGUUAGAGAACUUGGAAAAUGUUGAUGAAUCAACAGUUUGUCAUGAGUAUGAUGGGUGGUUACCACCUGCAAUGGCUGAUACUUGUAGGGAUAUCAUGAACAAAUAUGUUUCUGAAGAAGUAAGGAGACGAAAUAAAUUAUCUAGCCAACCUAAUAAUGUUUUAAUGAUAGAUAAUCAAAUUUCUUCCGAAUCUGAAUCUGAGUUUUUCGAUUCAGAGUAG